AUGAAGAAGAGAGGCAGACGGAGAGGAGAAUGGCAGAGAGGAGGUCAAGGCUUAAAGAUGCAGUGGACCCCGGAGCACAGCCAGUGGGCUGAGCAGCAUUUCGACAUCUCCUCCACCACCCGCUCGCCAGCACACAAGGCGGAGGCCUACAGGGCGGUGCCUGGCCACCUGCAGCGCUCCGCCGCCUACCAGUACGCCUGGGCCAAUGACGACAUCUCUGCCCUCACUGCCUCCAACCUGCUCAAGAAGUAUGCCGAGAAGUAUUCAGGCAUCCUGGAGAUGCCGGGCUCAUAUUCUGAGGCCCCGGGGGUCCCUGGAGUGAUGAACGGACGGAAAGGUGAAUCCGAGCCCUGGCAGGAUGGAGUCUACCCCAUGAGCUGCGUCCCAGAGGGCGUUUCCAUCAGGAAGGGAGGGGUGGCGGCGGCUUCAGAGGUGGUGUCCGGCAUGUGCAGCUCCCCGGGUCUGGCAUCCAGCACGCUGAGUGAGCCCAGCUACUCCACCAGCAGCUGUGGGAGCCACUCAGCCACGGCCCUGCACUCGUCCUCCAUGGCCUCUCAGGAAUAUGGUCCCACGUACAGUGGCUCAUACCUGCAUAGCAGUUACAGCUCCCAGUCUGCACCCACCCCAGCCCUUCCUUCCCCACUGCACAGUUCCGGCCUUCUGCAGCCCCCUGCUCCACCCUCCCAUCCCACUUUAGUCCCGGCUUACAACGGAGGCUCCCCGAACUUGUCUAGUUAUAAUUACCCUCCAGCAGGCUACCCAGCUCAGAGCUCAGUCGGGCCAGGAUACAGCCCUGGAGGAGCCCCUCCCCCCUCAUCAUACCUCCCGUCAGGCAUUGCUGCACCCACACCUCUUCCCCCCUCUUCCACUUUACCUGGAUACCCAUACCAGAGCCACAAUUUGACCCCAAUCGCCCCAACCCCUCUCAGCAGUAGCUCCUCCAACACACUGAAGAGGAAGGCGUUCUACAUGACAGGCCAAGGAGAAAUGGACUCCGCCUACGGCAGCUUUGGCUAUGCCCAGGCACGGAGCUCAGCAGAGAGUCCGAUGUACAGGAUAGCAGACAGCAGCAGCGCAAACGGAGGCAACAACAGUACCGGUGCUGGAGGAUUUGAUCGCAGUGCUGAGAAGUCGUCUUUACCAUUCAAUCCUCAGAAGCAGUCCACUUUGCCGUCAGAGCAGCAGCAGAGAAAAUAUGGCAGCCAGUCGUCAGGGGGACCACUGACUCCGCCGGCUUACGUCUCCUCCUCCCUAGGUGGCUCCCGUUCAGCAGACUCUCUUGGGAGUUUCACCUCCCCCUCCCUGAGUGAGCAAGGUGCCGAGGACCACCGUCUCCACCUUUCCCACUCAGCACAGGGGCCUACAUCAUCCUCCUCCACCUCGUCCUCCCGGCCUGCUGAGGAGCAGCUGAAAACCUGCGACCCCCACCUCCUGGACAUGGUCACUUCGGAAAUCGUUCAGCAGGGUCCGCCGGUGGAUUGGAAUGACAUUGCAGGUCUGGAGCUGGCCAAGGCUACCCUGAAGGAGGAGGUCCUGUGGCCCAUUCUGCGUCCGGACAUGUUCAGCAGCUUGGGGCCAGCCCCGCGUUGCGUGUUGCUGUUUGGCCCCAUGGGCAGUGGCAGGACGUUACUGGGCCGAUGUCUGGCCAGUCAGCUGGGGGCACCCUUUCUCCAGCUAAGCGGUUCCACUCUGGCCACCAAGUGGCUUGCUGAUGGGGGCGAAAUCAUCCGGGCGUCAUUCCUGGUGGCGCGGUGCAGGCAGCCGGCGGUACUGUUCAUCAGCGAGGUUGACAUGCUCCUUUCGGCUCACCUUAGUGAAGAAAGCCCCAUCAACCGGCUCAAGGGGGAGCUGCUUGCCCAGUUGGACUCCCUUCUUAUCGGUUCAAGUGAAGACGGAGGCAACCAAGUGCUGGUGGUCUGCUCUACAAGCAGACCCCAGGACAUGGACGAAGGCCUGCGCAGGUACUUUGCUCGGAGGGUACUGGUGCCCCUGCCAGACAGCGCAGCCCGACACCAGAUCCUGAAUCAGGUCUUGGCCCAGUCUCAGCACAAGUACUGCUUGAGUGAAGAGGAGCUGGCAUUGCUGGUCCAGCGCACUGAGGGUUUCUCUGGACUGGAUCUGGCCAGACUCUGUCAGGAAGCCCUCAUUGGUCUCUUGCACGCCUCUGCGCAGGGCAUGGACAUGUCGAGUAUUAUGCCGAGGGGCCAGAUGAGGCCCCUUACCUACCAGGACAUUGAGAGUGUCUGCUGUAAAUUCCAAGCCAGUAUAUCACAGAAAGAGAUUGACACUUACACUGAGUGGAACAAAAUGUUUGGCUGCAGUCAGUGA